CCCCGCCCCGAACGCCCCCCAAACUCGGACCUUCUUUCAUCCUUCGCGCCAGGCGAAGCCCAAGACGUUGACAUGCCGGAGAUCCGUCUCCGCCAUGUGGUGUCCUGCAGUAGCCAGGACUUGACCCACUGUGCAGAAAACCUUCUCAAGGCGGACACUUACCGAAAAUGGCGAGCAGCCAAGGCAGGCGAGAAGACCAUCUCCGUGGUGCUCCAGUUGGAGAAGGAGGAACAGAUACACAGCGUGGACAUUGGCAAUGACGGCUCGGCCUUCGUGGAGGUGCUGGUGGGCAGCUCAGCCGGAGGCGCUGGGGAGCAAGACUACGAGGUCCUGCUGGUCACCUCAUCUUUCAUGUCCCCUUCUGAGAGCCGCAGUGGCUCAAACCCCAACCGUGUUCGCAUUUUCGGGCCCGACAAGUUGGUCCGGGCAGCAGCGGAGAAGCGCUGGGACCGCGUCAAAAUCGUUUGCAGCCAGCCUUACAGCAAGGACUCCCCCUAUGGCCUGAGUUUUAUACGGUUUCACAGCCCCCCAGACAAAGAGGAGGCAGAGGCCUCACCCCAGAAGGUGACCAAGCUUGGCCAGUUCCGCGUGAAGGAGGAGGAUGAGGGUGCCAACUCCCUGAGACCCGGCGCCCUCUUCUUCAGCCGGAUCAAUAAGACGCCCCCAGCCACAGCCAGUGACCCGGCAGGACCCAGCUACGCAGCUGCCACCCUGCAGGCCUCUAGUGCCGCCUCUUCAGCCUCUCCCAUCUCCAGGGCAGUAGGCGGCACCUCCAAGCCUCAGGAGUCCCCCAAAGGGAAGAGAAAGUUGGAUUUGAACCAAGAAGAAAGGAAGACACCCAGCAAACCAUCAGCCCAGCCCUCACCACCUGCUGUCAAGAGACCCAAAUUGCCAGCUCCCACCCGCACCCCGGCCACCACCCCAGUCCCUGCCCCAGCACGAGGCACAGUGCCAGGAAAGUCCCGAGAAGGCACUGAGCCCAGAGGACCCCGAGCUGGCCCGCAGGAGCUGGGGAAGAUCCUUCAGGGUGUGGUGGUGGUGCUGAGUGGCUUCCAGAACCCCUUCCGCUCGGAGCUCCGGGACAAGGCCCUAGAGCUGGGGGCCAAGUAUCGGCCGGACUGGACUCCAGACAGCACCCACCUUAUCUGCGCCUUUGCCAACACCCCCAAGUACAGCCAGGUCCUAGGCCUCGGAGGCCGCAUCGUGCGGAAAGAGUGGGUGCUGGACUGUCACCGGAUGCGGCGGCGACUGCCCUCCCGGAGGUACCUCAUGGCAGGACCAAGCUCCAGCAGCGAGGACGAAGGGGGCUCUCACAGCAGCAGCAGCGGGGAUGAAGCCCCCAAGCUUCCCCAGAAGCGCCCCCAGACCAAAACCAAGCCCCCUCAGGCAGCAGGACCCAGCUCACCUCAGAGACCCAAAACCCCAGAAGAGACCAAACCAGCCUCACCAGGACCCCAGGAAGACACUGACACUGAUGGGGAGCAGUCAGAAGAACAGGGCAAUGGGGCAGAAGAUUCUGGGGAUACUGAGGAUGAGCUGAGAAGAGUAGCCGAGCAGAGGGAGCAAAAGCAGCCCCCUGACCAGGGGGAGAAUGGCGAGGACCCGUAUGCAGGAUCCACAGAUGAGAACACAGACAAUGAGGGUCCCCCAGAGUCUCCCGAACUGCCAGUUCCCGAGCUCCCAGACUUCUUCCAGGGCAAACACUUCUUCCUGUACGGAGAGUUCCCUGGGGAUGAACGGCGGAAGCUCAGCCGCUAUGUCACAGCCUUUAACGGGGAGCUUGAGGACUACAUGAGCGACCGGGUCCAGUUUGUGAUCACAGCACAGGAGUGGGACCCCAGUUUUGAGGAGAUGUUUGAGCCCAAGAGCUGCACCUACACCUACCUGCUGGGUGACAGAGAGUCCCACGAGGCCGUUCUGAUCGACCCGGUUCUGGAGACGGCGCCUCGGGAUGCCCAGCUGAUCAAGGAAUUGGGGCUGCGGCUGCUGUAUGCUGUGAAUACCCACUGCCACGCGGACCACAUUACGGGCUCAGGGCUGCUCCGGUCCCUACUCCCCGGCUGCCAGUCUGUCAUCUCCCGCCUUAGUGGGGCCCAGGCUGACUUGCACAUUGAGGAUGGAGACUCCAUCCACUUCGGGCGCUUUGCCUUGGAGACCCGAGCAAGCCCAGGCCACACCCCAGGCUGUGUCACCUUUGUUCUGAAUGACCACAGCAUGGCCUUCACUGGAGAUGCCCUGCUCAUCCGAGGGUGUGGACGGACGGAUUUCCAGCAAGGCUGUGCUAAGACCUUGUACCACUCAGUCCACGAAAAGAUCUUCACGCUUCCAGGAGACUGUCUGAUCUACCCUGCUCAUGAUUACCGUGGGCUCACAGUGUCCACCGUGGAGGAGGAGCGGACUUUGAACCCGCGGCUCACCCUCAGCUGUGAGGAGUUUGUCAAGGUCAUGGACAACCUGAACUUGCCCAAGCCUCAGCAGAUAGACUUUGCUGUUCCAGCUAACAUGCGCUGUGGGAUCCAGACCCCCCCUUCCUGACCUGGUUUUGUCAGGUGCUCAUUUCCGUUAAGAAUGCACUAGGCGGGGUACAGAGAGAGGUGUCAUUGCCAGGCCUCUCUCCUUCCCCUCCCUCACCAGCCCCUGAGCUUCUCAAAUAAAUAAAUAAAAAUUA